GUGUGGCUGGAGGAGGAUACUCCUGGAUAAGCCACCUGCCGGGAACUACACACUUCCUUGAUACUCGCCAUGACUGUGUUGGAUCCUCAGUUCUGCCCCAGGGGAAAGCGAUUCAGGAGGCUGAUGGAGGACUGAGAUGCCUUGAUUUGAAGCUGCCUUGCGCUGAUGGUUUUGAUUAUGGGUGAAACAUUAAUUCCAGAAUUCCAUUUACCGGUACUCCUCCCGCAGUCCUAGGGUGCAGAAAGAAACGUGAUGAGAACUACUGACCGCAAUACUACAGCUUGUUGCUGAGACGCCAGUGUGGAGACACGGGGAUCCUGAAUACGGUGUUCCUGCUCAGUGGUUACUGGGCACUCGAGGCCUGCCCGUCGGGCUCAUAACACGGAGCUUUAGAUUUGACUCCCGGAAUGGAAAAGAUAAACAAGAAUUUGAUCUAAAAUUCAGCAUAAUACCAUGAGUCAGAUAGGAACGGAAAGGAAGCAAGAUCACAGGAGGUCAUUGUACAGAAGAUACGGAGCUGCACGCUAAGAAAAAACACUCAAUGAUUGUGAGGCUCUGGUCGUUUGCUGAGUUCUGAGAAAGUUGGUGUGAGUGUAGCCGAAGGAAGCAAGCAGACAGACAAAUGCAGGUCUGUUGUUGAUCACACUGUGGCAAGAGACGGUCUGCAGCCCAAGAAGAACCACGAUUUUGAAUCAGGAAUCCCACACGCCUGGCAUCUAACUAGAAUUUUUUGACAAAGGAUGAUGGAAAAAAUCCUGCAGAAGUUAGAUGCCCUGGAUGAGGACACAAGGAUACUUGCAGCCAUCAGAGCAAAGAAAGCCAGUGUUCAGCUUGAACAAAGGAAAGACUGUUUGACCACGCCCCUGUUCUUCGAUCUUCACAUGGACCCUGAAGGCACUGCUGCUUCAUCUGUACUUAAGACAGGAGCAGAGAUCAGAGAAGAUAAGUCAUGUGGCCCUAAGAAGUCAAAAACGCACGUAUCUUUCAAAUGUACUCCUGAACACAGAAGUGACUUUAAAGAAUCAGAUUCAUCUGCUCUUGCAACAGAUGCAAACUACGAAGAAAGACCAAGAGAAGAAAAUCUAAAGCUGAGUCCCAGAUUUCUUCAUUUUCUUAAGGAUAAAACAGAGGCAGAAUAUGCAAUGCCCUUUCAUGUCCUACUGUCUGAGCCGAGGAGCCAGUGUAAAAGAUCAUCAGAGUCUUCAGUCCUGUGUCCUACACGUGCCAACCAAUCCAAUGCUAACAGUAUGUACCUGGGAUCAUUUAAAGAGGCAAUAAAAUUUUGGAGUGGCCACGAGAUAUAUCUGGAAGAACUUGGCCUUGAAGACUUCCUCGUGUCAGGUGAUAAAAAUGGAAACAGAGCUAUGAAGUCUAUGUAUUCUACAGACCACUCAGCAGAUUCUCUUAAAGAAGGGAGAACCCAUCAUCCACUGGUAAAUGAUUUUACUGCAAAAGAAAACGAGUCAGACGAGUCAGUCAGAGAUAACCAAGCAAGAUCACCUCGUCCAGUAAAGCAGAACAUCUUACUCCCCUUGCACUUUGAGGAUGUACUGAAAAAUCCCACCAUCAAGAUAAUUGACCUUGGUCCAACAGAGACCGUGCUUUAUUCCAUGAAAGAAAGUCACACAAAUCCGAUAAUUUUCCAUGACAAAGCGUAUAUAAUGAAGCUGUUCCUGAUGAAAAGGUUCACUCCCUAUGUUAUGACGUAUACAACAAAGAAUGUUGUUCUACAAAAAAACUGUGAAAUGUUUAAAGCUAUGUUUUAUGAGAAACCCAGUGCUGUUUCUAAGCCUCAAAGAACUAAGGCUGUAGCACAUCACAAAGAUCUGCACGUCUUCUCUACGGAACGGGUGCACAAGAGUAUAAAGGAGAAACGAAAGAAGAUGCAUGAGAGUCUGGCUUCCAAAAAGAGACCUCCGGACACACUUUAUAAUAUAUCCCGAACCUUUUCUAUCUUAACCAAAAAAAUUGUGGGUUCCUUUGAUAAAGUUGCUCUUGAAGAAAAGGGCGCUAAGACAGGUGGAUUUCAAAGACAGUUUUCCAGAGUAAGACCACCACGCACACGCAAAUUUACUGCCUUACCUAUGAAGUAUGACUCGAAGCCUCUGGAGAAUAUCCUUGAAAUACGUAAACUAAACAACAUAAGCCCACUAGACGACCUGCUAAGCAGGAAAGUCAAUGGCUCAUGAAGAAUCGUUUAUGCUGCAAUAUUUAAAAACAAGAACCAAGUUCCAAGAUCACAGAAAUUCUUAACUGAUUAUUAAUGUUCUGAUGGAUGAAGUACACAAAUCGGCAGUAGUCUGUUUAGGAUCAGUCAACAUCGUUAGCUAACAUAAGGAUGGAACUAGAGAAUUAGCAACAAGAGAGAUUCAUUUAUGACUUAGUUUUGGUUGUCAGCCUAGCUUUUAAUGGUUGAGCCAUUUCUCGCUCAUGGAUUAUCUCAAUUAGACUUAUCAGACAUCCCUGUUGGCUAUAAGACAUUCUCAUUCGGUACCAGCUACGCCAUGGAUUGAUGAAAAAGUUGCUGUAGGAAGUCAAAAAAAACAUCAACAAACAAGUGAUUGAUUGUCAAGACAGAUGGAUGUAACAUUAAUUUGCAGAAUAUGAAGUCAAUUGUAGGUCAGCAUCUUAGAGACUCAUGGGGAAACAGUGCCACAUAAGGAGAUUAAAAAAUUUCAUAAAACCUGCUAGCGCUGUUUGGAACAUCAUUACUGCAUCGUGUUUUCCAAGCAUUACAGGGCUUCCUUUUGGAGUUGUGGAAUAACUUAAACGAGAAAGGUCCAUCCGUGAGGUAAUUAUGGCAGCAGAUUCUGUCACCUGUUGCGUAGUCUAAAACACAUUGUUUCAUGGGAC